AUGGAAUCCGUCGGGCCGGAACCUGACCACGAUGAGCAACAGCCGGAAUCCGAAGAUGAGGUAAUCCCCGACCCGCCGACACCUCCGGAAACGAUGGAUUGGUUGCGCGAAGCCCUCGCCCAUUACAAAGCCAGCAAAGCCGGCGAAACGAUUGGGGUGGAGCUGAACGCCUCGAACUUGUUGGAAGCGUUUCUGGCUGAAAAUCACGAGCAGCUCGUCGACCUUGGGAUUAGUGCGGAGUUGCCGGAAGUGGUUCCAAUUGCAAACCCGAGACGGGCUUCUAGAAAUCGGAAGCGCAAGAAGCCAACCACCUACCUAUACGAUCAAAACAGACCGCCCCGAACGCUAAACUACAUCCCACCCGGCGUUGACAUCGACAACUACGACUCAGCUCCCCUCAAAAAUCCAAGAUUUCUGGGCAUCGAUGGCCUCUUCUACAUCAAUUAUGAAGACUACGAAUGGGACGUCGAACAUAUGCCUAGAAGAAAGUCAAAAGUCCGUCACACAUUCCUCUUCGAUGUUGAACCUACCCCAAACGAUCCAUCAAUGGAUACCUCUGCAUACUGCCAUGAUUCUCAACAAACAUCCUACCUCACAGAAUCCAUUCCAACGCCAGAAUCUUUGGUGUCAGAAUCCAGUGAAGAAUCGUCAAGUAGUGGCGAUGAGGAAAGACAAAGAGCUGCGAACACCCGGGAAUGGGUUAGGAAAACGAAUAGGAUCAAUUAUGAGAUGAAGAAGCUGAAAAAAACGCUUGAGAAGAAUAGGAGGAAGGUGGAGAAGAAGAGCAGGAAGAGGGAGGAAAGGGCGAAAAAGCGGGCUAGCAAUCAGGCGUGGCUUGAGCGCUUUGAGCAUCUUCACAACAAAUUUGAAGCUAAAGUUCGUCCUCGUGCUAUGAGCGAUAGUGUGGUUCUUCCUGGAAUUCCUGGCACGACAAAAGCGGAAGCUGUUAAAAUUAAACGAAAAUUGGUAAACCCGACAAGCACCCUCGCCGACUGGAAGAAAGAGCACAAAUUAAAGGCUUUGAAAAAAGCCCAAAUCAAACCGGAAAUUCCGGACGUCAAGCCCCAACCAGGAAUGAAUAAUCCUUCAAAAAAGAUCUUCGUC